AUAUCAAAAUGAAACGAGUUACUAAAUUUAGCACGUGUUGUCAUCAAAAUGAAAGAAGAACAAAAGCUUAAAUAAUUUAAAUAUCUAAAUAUACGGUUAAAUGACUUUUAUACUAGACCGGUUUCUGUCAUUAUUCAAUGGCGGAAUGAGGGCUUAUAAGGUCCAAGAUGUAAAACGGGAGCAAAGAAUUGGAGUGACAGCCAAAAACUUCAAAGAAUUAGUGGAGAAAGGAGCACAGAAACUGAAGUUAGAUCCAGAUAAAGUCACAGUUGUAAUUGAAGAUGAUGGUACAGAGGUCACAGAUGAUAAAUUCUUCAGGAAGCUCCCUGCUCAAACUGUAUUUGUCUUCUUAAAGAAAGGAGAGACAUGGAGAGGGGCUGGAGCUCUGAUUCAUGACGCUCUCAGUAAGUUAUAUUGUGCGACCAGGAAGAAUGAGAUUGCCUCCCAGAUCCGAGAUCUCCUUGAGGCGGAAGAUGCUCCUGAGAAGAUCCACAUCAUUUCUCAAUAUCUGGAACUUCUAGAGACAAACUCCUCAUCAGAGAAAAGACAAGAUCAUGAAGAUUGGUUUGAAGGACUUAAUAAGAAAUAUAAGACAAAGAGUGAAUUGAUGAGACACAGUGCACAGACAAGAUUACGCAGCUAUUAUGUGACGGCAAAAGAACAAAUAGAGAAGGAAGCUGACAAAGAAAGCAAACAAGAACUGUUAGAUCUCUUAGAGGAAGUGAUGCAAAAGCUUAAAAAGUCCGAUUAUAAUUCCUCCUAUUUUGACCGUACAGCCAGUGAGAAGGGUCGCAUGUGUGAUGCCCAGGGCUGGUUCAGAUGUGAAGGACCAUAUGACAUGGAUAAUUGUGACAAGUAUCACACUAUAAAUCCAUAUGCUUCCAAGGGAUAUAGACAACUAUUUGGACUGUGGAAUUUAGACCAUAUAAUUGAAAAAUCUCGCGAGGUGAUGCCAACGCUUAUGGAAGCAGCUCGUAACAAGCAGAAACAGCAAACUCUCAAUGCAGAUCUUCUGUUCCGAUUACUCUUCACUCGGGAAAAUUUAAAACUGGUCCAAGUGGGCUGUCAUAAAAAAGCAGCCAGAGAAUCUGGGAAAGUGAAGUGGAAUGACUUCUGUUCUUCCUGAUGCUGUAAUAGUGAUAUAGGGACUUAAAUACUAGUAUAAUAUUCAUAUUUAUUGUUACAUUAAAUCUACAAAGUGUUAGUCAAGCUACUAGUAUCUAAGGAUUUACUUGGAUUUUCUGCUCUCUACUUAAUCAUAUUAUUUGUUAAGUUUUCUUUCCUUUUUAUAAUCUUUUUAGAUAUUUUGUGCCCUAAUAACAGUAUAUUAUUCACUUGCUUUAAAUGUCAAUGAAAUUAUGAUGUAAAAAUAUUCAACACCUCAAUCUUUCUGUGGUAGCUUCUCAUUAUUUACAAGGACAUAUACUACAAAGGAAGAAAUUUAUGUGUGUGUGGGUAAUUUAUGCUAAAUUUAUGCUAAAUUCAGUACAUAUAUAAAAAAAUCUAUCCCAUAAAUACUCCCUCAUGUACCAAUACUUUUGGAUAUAUUUCAUUCACUAUUAAAGAUACAUCAUCUUGGUUUCACAGACAUUUUGUGUUUGCAAGUUAUUCGCAUAAUUAAAAAUGCGUAAACGUCACUGUGUACAGUAUUUGGAAUAUCAUUUGAAAUGUUUAGAUAACAUGAAACCCAAUACAUAUACCACUCUUCAUCAGGCACAUAUAUGAGAAUAAUUUAAUUUUGUUUGUAUUCUAGCCUCUGAUUGGUUAAUAUCCAAAAAGGAACGCAAAUUAUUUCUGUAUAACCUGGUUUGGUAUGGGGACACCCCCCCUUGACAACCAGCUGAAUCAUCUGUAUCCAUACAAUCCUCUCAUUUCCAGUCCUCAGGAUUCAUGGAAAAUUCCAGAUUUAAUAAAUGUACCUUUAAUUUCAAACGAUAAUUCGAUCUUACCACAUGUAACCAAACAACAUGGCUUCUAGGCCUAUGUAUCAGUUAUUACCUCCCCUCGAUUCCCAUCACUUCCGUUACUUCCGUUACUACGGUUGUAUUAUUGAGCGGCAAAUUUGAACUAAUAAAAAGUAAUGAAAUUUUACACCCAUACUUAUUUAAUGAUUUUAAAAUUAAAUUAUAAGGAAUGACUCUAAUUCUUGGCCAAAUAAUUCGAGUAUAACCUGGUUUGGGUCAGU